AUGAAUAUUUUAUUUCGUUUGAUCGUGUUCUGUUGUGAUCCUUUGGGAUUAUGGCGUCGUUUUCUUAUCCAACCUGCCAAAAUUGUGAGCCACAAUAUUUACGAUCGCCUCAAGGCAAAGGCAGAUCAAAAGGUCGAUUCUAUGCGUGAAUUGGUGCUGCGAAUUGGUUUGGUGGCUUUUGUUGUGGCACUGAUAAUUUGGGCGGCAGUGUUUAUGUAUGCAGCGUUUUAUUAUGCCUACAUGCCGUCGAUAUCACACACCCGUCCCGUGCACAUGCAAUUUAAAACAUGUUUGGACACCAGCUCCCCCUGCACCUUCCCCCAUGCCCAUGUCUCCCUAACGAAGAAACAACAAUUACUUAUGGUUGGCCAAUCAUAUCGUGUUAUUGUACAAUUGGAAAUGCCCGAAUCACCACAAAAUUUAGAUUUGGGCAUGUUUAUGGUUUGUGGAGAAAUGCGUGAUAUUGAAUCAAUGUUACGCGGCCAUUCAUGUCGUUCGGCAAUGAUGCGUUAUCGUUCACCAUUGAUACGAACGAUAUCAACAUGGGCCCUAAGUCCCCUAUAUGUAUUGGGUUUCCGUGAAGAAUUCCAAAAAGUAUCUGUAGAGAUAUUUUCAAAUUAUUUGGAACAAAAACAUCAUCCCAUAACGGAUGUCUAUGUCGAGGUACAAUCACAAAAGAUACAAUUCUAUACGGUAUCGCUACAUAUCGUGGCCGAUUUUACAGGUCUACGUUAUAUUAUGCACAACUGGCCAGUUAUGUCGGCCAUAGUGGCAAUAAGCACAAAUCUCUUCUUCAUAUUGGCCAUAUUUUUAUUGAGCUGGUAUCAUUGGUCCAAUGCCACAUGGAUUACUAAUUUACAAAGGAAAUACGAACAGUUUACCCAAAAGGUACAACAGAAAGCUGGACGUGCUUUGGAGUCGCCAAAAUAUGCCUCUGGCAAUCUGCAAGAUGAUGAUGAGUUGAGUUUCCUCAACGAUGACAAAUCCCGAGAUUCAGAAGAUAUCGAUGACAUAAGUGGACGCAAAGAGGAAAAGGCAGAAUAUGAAAAGGGUGCACAAAGAGAACGAACUCUACGACAAAGGAAAGUUUAA